GGGUCAGUCUCCGCUGGGCGCUCCGGGGAUCAGCUGGCGGGCGGGCGGGCGCCGAACGCGGCCCCGGCUCUCGCUGCAGCGCCGCCUCUUCUCCGCGUCUUAGGCCGGCCCGGCGGCCGUGACAAUGUUGCAGGGCUGGUAGCUGGGCGCCAGCCACCGAGCUGUCUCAAGUUUAAACUUACACGAAUCGCUCUCUUGAGGAGGAGGGGACCGCGGCGCGAUUGACACGCAUAUUCCUAUAGGCAUCCUCCUUCAGCCCCCACCCCCACGGCCGGAUUCGGGUGGCUCCUCUCCGAGCUGAAAUCCGAGAAGAAAUCCUUGGAUCUCUUGUUUUCUUUUUAAAAAAAAAAAAAAAAUCCAGAAACCGUCGGUAUUUUGCUUUACUGCUUCCUAUUCGCAAGAUGAAGAAGUUUUUCGACUCCCGGCGAGAGCAGGGCGGCUCUGGCCUGGGCUCCGGCUCCAGCGGAGGUGGGGGCAGCACCUCGGGCCUGGGCAGUGGCUACAUCGGAAGGGUCUUUGGCAUUGGGCGACAGCAGGUCACUGUGGACGAGGUGUUGGCGGAAGGUGGAUUUGCUAUCGUGUUUCUGGUGAGGACAAGCAAUGGAAUGAAAUGUGCCUUGAAACGCAUGUUUGUCAACAAUGAGCAUGAUCUCCAGGUGUGCAAGAGAGAAAUCCAGAUAAUGAGAGACCUUUCGGGGCACAAGAACAUUGUCGGUUACAUUGACUCCAGUAUCAACAAUGUGAGCAGUGGUGAUGUAUGGGAAGUGCUCAUUCUGAUGGACUUCUGUAGGGGAGGCCAGGUGGUCAACCUGAUGAACCAGCGCCUGCAAACAGGUUUUACGGAGAAUGAAGUGCUUCAGAUAUUUUGUGAUACCUGCGAAGCUGUUGCCCGCCUGCAUCAGUGCAAAACUCCUAUUAUCCACCGUGACCUGAAGGUUGAAAAUAUCCUCUUGCAUGACCGAGGCCACUACGUCCUGUGUGACUUUGGAAGCGCCACCAACAAAUUUCAGAAUCCACAAACUGAGGGAGUCAAUGCAGUAGAAGAUGAGAUUAAGAAAUACACAACGCUGUCCUAUCGAGCACCAGAAAUGGUCAACCUGUACAGUGGCAAAAUCAUCACUACGAAGGCAGACAUUUGGGCUCUUGGAUGUUUGUUGUAUAAAUUAUGCUACUUCACCUUGCCAUUUGGAGAGAGUCAGGUGGCAAUUUGUGAUGGAAACUUCACAAUUCCUGAUAACUCUCGAUAUUCCCAAGACAUGCACUGCCUAAUUAGGUAUAUGUUGGAACCAGACCCUGAUAAAAGGCCGGAUAUUUACCAGGUGUCCUACUUCUCAUUUAAACUACUCAAGAAAGAAUGCCCAAUUCCUAAUGUACAGAACUCUCCCAUUCCUGCAAAGCUUCCUGAGCCAGUGAAAGCCAGUGAGGCAGCUGCAAAAAAGACCCAGCCAAAGGCCAGACUGACAGAUCCCAUUCCCACAACAGAGACUUCAAUUGCACCCCGUCAGAGGCCUAAGGCUGGGCAGACUCAGCCAAACCCAGGAAUCCUUCCUAUCCAGCCAGCCCUGACACCUCGGAAGAGAGCCACGGUUCAGCCCCCACCCCAGGCUGCAGGAUCCAGCAAUCAGCCUGGUCUUUUAGCCAGUGUUCCCCAGCCAAAAACCCAGCCCCAACCCAGCCAGCCUCUACCCCAGUCUCAGCCCAAGCAGCCCCAGGCUCCACCCACCCCACAGCAGACGCCGCCCACCGCCGUCCAGGCUCUGCCCACUGCAGCCCAGGCCACGCCCCAGCACCAGCCGCAACUCUUCCUCCAGCAGCCGCCGCCGCCGCCGCCGCCGCAGCAACCGCCUCAGCAGCAGCCGCCACCUGCCCAGCAGCCCGCGGGCACGUUUUACCAGCAGCAGCAGCAGCAGGCCCAGGCCCAGCAGUUUCAGGCAGCACACCCAGCCGCCCAGCAGCCGGCCCUCGCCCAGUUCCCGGUGGUGUCGCAAGGCAGCUCCCAGCCGCCGCUGACACAGAACUUCUACCAGCAGCAGCCGCCGCAGCUGGCCGCGAGCGUGCACCAACAACAGCUGCUGACUCAGCAGGCCGCCUUGCAGCAGAAGACCGCCGCGGCGGCGGCCGGACAGCAGCCCCAGCCCCUCCAACCAACUCCAGCUGAAAAAAGGAAGGGUGGGCAGACUGUGGAUUCUAGCCUCCCACUUCUAAGUGUAUCUGAUCCUUUCAUUCCUCUUCAAGUACCUGAUGCACCAGAAAAACUAAUUGAGGGACUCAAAUCUCCUGACACUUCUCUCCUGCUCCCUGACCUCUUGCCUAUGACAGACCCUUUUGGUAGCACGUCCGAUGCUAUAAUUGAAAAAGCCGAUGUUGCCGUUGAGAGUCUCAUACCAGGACUGGAGCCCCCAGUGCCCCAGCGCCUUCCAUCUCAGACGGAAUCUGUGACCUCGAACCGCACAGAUUCUCUCACCGGGGAAGAUUCCCUGAUUGAUUGCUCCCUGCUUUCUAACCCUACUACUGACCUUCUGGAAGAGUUUGCCCCCAUAGCGAUCUCUGCUCCAGCCCAUAAAGCUGCAGAAGAUAGUAAUCUCAUCUCAGGUUUUGAUGUCCCUGAGGGCUCGGACAAGGUGGCAGAAGAUGAAUUUGACCCUAUUCCUGUAUUGAUAACCAAAAACCCACAAGGUGGGCACUCUAGAAACAGCAGUGGGAGCUCUGAGUCCAGUCUUCCCAACCUAGCCAGGUCUUUACUGCUGGUGGAUCAGCUCAUAGACCUGUAGCCGUGACCCAGUAGCAGAUGCAGUUCUGUAACCUUCACACCGUAAUAUACGUUUUCAUUACGGAGUUAUAAGAGAAAUGAUUUUUUUAAAAAUCUGCUAAUAAGGGGCCCUCUAGCCCUUAUCUCCUAUCCCUUGCCUUCUCCUGUAGAAAAUGAUAAGGAAAGAAAAUCACUUUGGCCCUCCAGAUAUUCCUUGGCCAGUUCCUCCCUGUUAGUUUGCUGUGUUUUCUCAUUACCCUUCUUCAAUAGCAUUAUCUUAAAUUAAGCGCUAGAUGCCAUGAGCUUCACCUCUGCUGGAAUCAACUCCACCCAAAGCUUAACUGUAACUGAAACUAGUGAAUUGACACCUUUGUCUCAUUCUUGCUAGGAAUGGCCUCCCAAACCAAUCCUCCCAGCCCCAGUCUCCUUUGGCCAGAUGCUGAUGAAUGUGUUUCUCUGUUUUUGCUUUUUAUGCUGCUGCAUUAUCAUGAGGACAUGGCUUCUUCAGUUGGUUUUAACUCUAGGCUGUAGCCUAGAGAUGGGUGUGUGACUUAAGAGAGGGUAAAACUGACUGACGGAUGGGAUAUGUUUGAAAAGAGAAAUUGAGCCCAGCUCUAGCCAACCAGCUUUGACCUUGUUUGAUUCAUAGAUUUAGCCAAGGGAUUUUACACCCCAUGCAACCUGCCCAGCAUUCAUCCAGCAUUCUGGCUCCCAUUGAACUGUGCUUUCUCAGAUCUGGAGACGUGACUGCAAGUACUUGAGAUCCUUGGAUAAAAUGUGUACAUUAUAUAAAACCCAAGUAUUGCCAUUCCUUUUCGUGUUAACUGUCCCGAGCCGGGAUCUCAGAAUUAGACCAAAACAAGACAAUGGUGGUAAUAUGAUACCUUUUAUUAGAAGACUUUUCACUGGGGGGUGGAUGGGGGAGGGGAAGGAAUUGUAGCAGAAACAGAUGUAUUUUUCUUGUGAUUUUUAUUUUGAAUCAAAUAUUGUAAAUUGUGUAUAAAUGAAGACGCUGAAUAGUUCUGUUUCCACUUGGCGUUUCAAGUCUGAUAUCAGGUGUCUGUACAGGGUUUUGAUCUCUUUCCCUUGUAUUAACUACACAGCAAUCCUACAGUGUAACAUAUGGAAUCAUUUUGAGUAGACUUGUGUGUUGCUAUACGCUUUCAGCAGGUCCUCUGUCUUUGUAGAAUAAGCAUGUUGUUUAUUUUCAGAUAAUCAGAAAUAAGUGUGCUGACAAGCUAGGCACAAUUUGAUUCUGGCUACUUACCUUUCUUUCUCUAUGAUGUUUGAAUCGAAGGAUGCAGCCAAUGAAAUAUGCUCAGUUGGUUUUCCUUGGCUUCCUAGAUUAAAAAAACAAAACAAAGUGUAGUUCCUCACUAACCUUAGAAUAUUGUUCAUAAAAUAAAUAAAGGACCCUGCACUGAUAUGACAACAUGCCUCAUGGUCACCCUCUGUAUAUGUCCUUACUCAUUGAAGUGUAUUUUUUUUCCCUUACAUAGAAAGCAAUUUUAUAAAAUUGCUCUUUUGAAAAGCGGUGGGCACAGAGAAACCCAUUAUGGUUCUCUUCCUUGAGUGCCAUUUUCCAUGAUCAGAAGGGGAAACUCUUAGUUGAUCAGAUUUGUACAAAUAAAAUUCCAAGCUCAUUUGCUUGUUUCUCUGUCUAGUACUUUUGUUUCUUCUUCCUCACGUUUGCACUUUAAGGGGAAAAAAAAAGAAAGUUGAGCAGCAACAACAGCCUGCAAAACACUGCACUUUGGAGGUCAAGCUUUGACCCCAGAAAUGUGAGAGCAGCCUUUGAAAGGCAGCGAAGGAAAAGUCUGAAUCUUUCAGUCUUCCUUCUGACUUUAAAUACUUCCUGUGGCAGCUGAAACUAGCUGAGCUAAGUAAAGCCCUCUAUUAGGAUAAUGGAUCAUUUCCAAGAUUGAGGGAGGCACAACCUUCCUGCUGAAGAUAAAAAAAGGUGUCCUUGAAGAGCUCUCCAUGAUUGGAUAGCAGUGAAAAUGGGACUCGGUUUGCCCCUUUAUGGACAGGAAUAUUACUGAAGAUCAAAACUGUAUUCUUUUUCCUGGACAUAGAAAGAAUGUAUAAACUAAUGAAGGAAAUGUUUAUUUUUAAAUAAGAACAAUGUUUUAUGCC